CGUAAAGUUUCGGGCAGCGGAGCCGUUGGGGCCAUCGCAGAGCCGAGCCGCCACAGCGUCACCGCAUAGUUCAUGACGGGGAUCCAAAGAGAACGAACGACCGCGAAGGCGCAACGGAAUACAAAAACGCGUCCACUUGCGAAAAUACAACAGAAACACGCCGCACUAAAAAUUGCAAAAUUUAUUAAUGCUCGCAGAGCUCUCGGGUCUGCGUGGAGCGAAGGGGAUACGAUACUCAUCGUAUCGGAUGUCAGCAGGCGAUAAAGAAACACGAAAGCCCCAAACAUAAAUACCCGUGAUAAUGCAAAUCGAAUGGCAAAGUGCAGCGGGCAGCACUUGACGAAAGUGUGAUGUGAUGUCAUAAAAUAUAACUUUUGCCGCUUAUCGAAUCAAACCAAAAAAAAAAAACGAAAAACUGCACCACAAAAGAACUAUAUCAAAAGCACGAAACAAGCGAAAAAGUGAACCAAUAAACAGUCGAAAGCGAUACUAAUUUGUGAUAACAACAUCCGACGGAUACGAUGGCUACGACGGCUACGACGGAUACGAUGGCUACGAUGGACGUGACUACAUUCUCCGACUACAUGGUCUACCUGGAGACGGCCUGGGAGUGGGCGGGAUGCCUGCCCUACCUGCUGGUCGUCUACGUAUUCCUCACGCUGCUGCCCAAGUCCCUGCAGCGGAUGAAGCGCUUCGCGGACGCGGACUACGAGGCGAAUCGUCACAAGUACCAUCGCUGCUACGGGCCCGAGCUGUGCUGCCACGUGCAGGCCCAGGAGGCGGCUGCCUCCAAGCAGAAGCAGAAGGCGCGGAAGCCCGUCACACGCGUCUACCACAAGCGGCAGACGUCCACCACAGCAGCGAAGGAGCCGCUGCCCCCCGUGCCGGCGCCAGUGAAGCGGAGCAAUGUCACCAAAAUCGCACGCAUGUUCGAGACGGGUGCCACGCGGCAGGUGAGCAGGGUCUCGCCUGUCCUGCCCGAGAUCCGGAUGUUUGGGGCCAGCGAUGAUUCGCACGACUCGACGCCCUGCGCCUCCCGCAAGACGAGCAUCGCCACACAGCUCUCGGCGCAGCUGCAGCACAUCGAGCAGGCGAUGCAGCUGUGGCAGGAACUGGAGGAGGAGCCCUCUAAGAAGUCCUCCCCCUCCCACAGCGACUGGGAGCCGAUGACCGUGCCCGUGGUUCGACGCACCCGUGGCACCUCGGCCACGCCCUCGACUGCCUCUCCGCUGGGCAGCUCCCCGGAGCCCGCGUCCCCGGUGCUGCUGCGUCAGCCGCCGUCGCUGUGCCUCCAGUCCAGCAUGGAGGACAUCUUCCAGGUGAUUGCCAGGAGCGCAGAGGAGCCGCACUCCUUCUAUGCGGACUGCAACAGCCUGUCGCCCGUCACCAGCAUCGACGACAUCCUCUCGGAGCGCAGAUUCUCGCGGCCAUUGUCUGCCUACUCCAUCACGGAUCUGCUGAACGAGGAGCAGGCCUCCUGCGUGGAGGAGGCCACCUAUGUGAACGACACCAGAUGAGGGAGGAGGGGAGCUUCCAGUAUCAAAGAUUGUUGGAUGAAUGAUCAGUUUUUAGUGCCAUCUCCUCGCCCCAAGGCCCAUGAGUCAGAAUCGGAUUCGGAUUCGCAAUCGGGUCACCCGGAAGACUUUUACCCCGUCCUAAUCGUACCCUCGAUCGCACCACAUCGCCCCUCAUCGCCUUUGUCCCGCCACAGCGCUGUGACUCACGAAUGCGGGAGGGGGGGGGCCUUGCCACGCCUUCCUAUAGUAGUUUCCUAUAGAUUAUAUAGCCCCCCCUUGGCCGUUCCUCCUUCCAUAUGCAUUUUAUUUGUUUAAUCGAUGAAAGCUUAAGCAAAUCAAAGUAAACAGUCGAUUCCUUGUACUUAUUAACCGUCUCAUUUUGUCUCUGGGGUAAACCGUAGCAUAGCAUAGCGAUGCAUCUCAUAUAUAUAUACAUACAUACAUAUGUAUGUAUAACUAAAUCGAUCCUAUCGCAGAUAAAAUAUUGUAUGAAUAUGAAUAUGAAAUGAAUUUGUAGUAUUAUUUAUAUGAUUAAACAAACGUGUAUCUUAAACAAAAGACUCUGUAUCAAAUGCAAGAAAAAUACACAACGAAGCAAUAAUUCUACGUAAA